AUGCUUGUCAAAGGCUCCAAAUGGGUCUUUUUCCUCACGGGCACACUCUCCUUCUUGAUUGUGUUCGUCGUGCUGUGGAAAGGUCUCGGAGGCGCUGAAGAGUUUGACCUCUUCCACCUCUCCGACCACAGCGCAUCUUCGCAUGCCCGAACGAAGCUCAUCGGGAUCGCCGGCGCCGAUGGGACUCGUCGGAAAAAGUCCCAUCGGCUCGUGACGUCCGUGUCGACGCCGGAGCAGAAAUACUUUGCGAUCGACUUCGGGGGCCACGAGACUUGCAACCCAAACAUCAUCCCCCAUCCCCAGCUCGCCGACACCUGGAUCGUGGUGGCCCAGCGGCUCCAGUCGCCAUCGCAGGACCCCUUUGUCUUCAACGAGAUCGCGUGCAACGCCGUCUUCGACAAUGCCACCCUCAGGUGCGUCGACCAGCCCACAGCGCUGCCCAUCCAGGCCACCUCCGGACCGCACUGCAAAGGCGACCUGGCACACCUGGCGUUCAACCUGGGCCCUCACGACGCGCGCGUCUUCUACGGCCCAUCCGCCCCGUUCACCGUCUACGGCUCCAACUCGCUCUACACCUGCUUCGGACAGUGGUUGCGGGACUUCCGCCCGCUCGUCAGCAGCUGGGGCGCCACGCCGGUGGCCGCGGCCUUCGCAGACCCCGUCGACCUCCAGAAGCCCGCGGAAUACCACCCGAUCGAGAAGAACUGGUUCGUGUUCUGGGACCUCGCGGGCCAGAUAUACGUGCACCACGACCUCUACCCGAAGCGGACGUUCGCGCGCCUCCUCCCCGACGGCGGCGUAGGGCCCAACCUGUCCCCGGCGGCCGAGGCGACCGACGCCGCGUGCAUCGCCAAACACAUGCCCCGGAUCGGCGAGACGCUCGAGUCCAUCCACCAGGCCACGAACUCGCUGUCCGUGACCCUCUGCGCGCGCGGGACCUGCACGCCGGAUGCGCGAAACACAUUCAUCCUGAGCGUGUUCCAGCACAAGAGCUUCCACGCGUACCACAGCGUGUACGAGCCGUACGUGAUCCUCUUUGCGCCCGCGCCGCCAUUCCAGAUCGUCGCGAUAUCCAAGAAGCCCUUCUGGGUCAAUGGACGCGGACUCCCCGGCGAGAAGAGGCCGGAUUACCUCCCCAUCCCACCCACAGCGCCCUGGAACCAGACCGAGAUGCUCUACGUGACGUCGUUGGCGUGGAAGGCCGGAAACCAGACCUAUCACGGGUACCUGGACGACGUGGUUUUCGUCGCCUUUGGCGUCGAGGAUGAGCAGAGCGCCGGCAUCGACGUUGUCGUCGGCGAUUUGUUACUUGACCUGGCGUUUUGUUAG